AUGUUCCAUGAUUCCAUCUUAACAUGUUUGAGUUUUCCUGAAGGAUAUGAGGCUCCAAACCUGAGGAAGCUUGCAGACAAGGUUGCAGCUGCUGGAUUUUUUGCGGUAGUUCCUGACUUCUUUAAUGGAGAUCCCUAUGUGCCGGAUGAUGCUAAUAGGCCUAUACAAGUUUGGUUGAAGGAUCAUGGAAUGGUUGGAUAUGAGGCUCCAAUUCUGAGGAAGCUUGCAGACAAGGUUGCAGCUUCUGGAUUUUAUGUUGUAGUUCCUGACUUCUUCCAUGGAGAACCCUUUGUGCUUGACAAUGCUAAUAGGCCCAUACAAGUUUGGUUGAAGGAUCAUGGACCGGACAAGGGAUUUGAGGAAGCAAAGCCAGUAAUUGAAGCUUUAAGAAGUAAAGGUGUUUCUGCAGUUGGGGCUGCAGGGUUCUGCUGGGGUGCCAAGGUUGUGGUGGAGCUUGCAAAAACUGAGCUUAUCCAAGCUGCUGUGCUAUUACAUCCUUCACUUGUCACUCUAGAUGAUAUCAAGGGGGUUAAGGUUCCAAUUGCAGUACUAGGAGCUGAAAUUGACCGAAACUCUCCGCCCACACUCUUGAAACAGUUUGAAGAGGUCUUAGCUGCUAAAUCUGAAGUGGAUGGCUUUGUUAAGAUAUUUCCGAAAGUUGAACAUGGGUGGACAAUCAGGUAUAGUGUUGAAGAUGCGGCAGCUGUGAAGUCUGCUGAGGAGGCUCAUCAAAACCUGUUAGAAUGGUUUGCUAAGUAUGUGAAGUGAAAUUGUCAAUUUAGAUACUUUUGUGUUAUGUAUUGGCUUUACAUUAUACAGCUAUAC